GCCUUCUUUCUUUGUAAAAUACGGGCAUAUGACUGCUUCCGAUAAUACAGCGCUUUCUUGGGGUAGUUAAAAGACUGGUCAUCCCGCAUCUUGUCGACCCAACUCCCUCAUUUUCAUUGAUGAUGAAGUUUUUAUCUUUCGUCGCUUUCAUCUCUUUAUGGUCAGUGGCUUUGGGUAUUGGAGGGGCUAUGCAAGGCAUGGAAGAUGCUAUGGAAAUCCAGCGGCAGCAAAUGGAACGACUGCACGAAUUCCUUGGCCCCAUCCACGACUCGGGUGGACUUCCAAAGCGACAGGUCAAUCCGACGAUAUCUUUUUCAAACCGCAGGGCCCAGGAGUUUUUUGUGGAUGGGACAAAGAUCCCUGAAGUUAACUUCGACGCCGGUCCGUCUUGGUCCGGAUUGAUGCCUAUAUCUGCGGAUCCAAACGAGACUCGAAAAUUAUUCUUCUGGUUUUGGCCUACCAGUGACCCCUCGAGUACAAAUGACUUAUUAUUUUGGACUAACGGCGGCCCUGGAUGCUCGUCUUUGGAAGGCUUUCUCCAAGAAAACGGACCCAUUUCGUGGUCUUGGGGUCAAGCAGAACCAACACCGAAUCCAUUUUCAUGGACUAAUUUAGCUCACGUUCUUUGGGUUGAACAGCCAGUCGGGACCGGGUUUAGUCAAGGAACUCCGAAUAUCACAAACGAUGACGAACUUGCAGAGCAACUGACCGGUUUUCUGGAGCAAUUCCUUGAAGUCUUUUCCGAACUCAAGGGAAAGGACUUCUAUCUUUCCGGAGAAAGUUAUGCUGGAUUCUACGUGCCAUAUAUCGCGAAUUGGAUCUAUGAGCAUCCUGGACUCGAUCUAAAUUUGCAAGGAAUUUGGAUUGCUGAUCCUUCUCUUUCAUAUGGCGUCGUUCAGCAAGAAAUUCCAGCUCUUCGCUUUGCACAGGCCCACGCAGACCUAUUUCCCUUCAACAAUUCAUUUUGGAACACGCUACAAAAUAUAUCCGACACUUGUGGUUAUACGGAUUAUCUGGAGAAGUUCGUAACUUACCCCCCUGCCGGUCAACUACCUUUCCCUGCUGGAGUUGUCGAAGGGACACUUGGAACUGUCCAGCCGAGCUGUAGAAUCCAUAGCCCGAUACAGCGUGCUGUCAGUGUAUUGAACCCAGUUUUCGACGUUUAUCGAGUCUCCGACACAUUCCCAAAUCUUUGGAGUGUACUUGGGUUUCCUCGGUCUACACAAGAAUUCAUUUACUUCAACAGGACGGAUGUACAAGAUGCCAUCCACGCACCUCAUAUAACUUGGAGCAGCUGCGCGAAUAACAACGUAUACGCCGGCAACGGGCGUGAUAACUCUGUCGCCUCUACUCUUAGUGUGCUUCCAAAUGUCAUCGAGAAAUCGGUCAGAACCGUGAUCGUCCACGGACUUGCGGACUUCAUUCUAGUUGCUGAAGGGACUCGUAUCGCCAUUCAAAAUAUGACCUGGGGAGGAGCACAAGGUUUCCAGACGCCCAUCGAACCGGAGAGCUUUACGGUCGAGAACUUUGGCGUACUCGGAAAUACGCAUACGGAGCGUGGAUUGACUUACGUUGAAUUUUUCUACAGUGGACACAUGACGCCUCAAUUCGUCCCCUGGGCAGCGUUUUCGACAAUGUCAUUCCUUCUUGGGCGGCAAGAAUCACCCUCAAGCGGCUGAAAUUUGGCGAAGAGAAUAAAAUCAAGUAAACGUGGUUGCUCAAAAAUGACUCAUGUUACUGUAUGUUGUGGAACGAGAAUCCUACCUUUGUUCUAACGGAUACAGCGGUUGCUGGUAUCCAGUACCGUGUGAACUCUGAAUCGCGAAUUUGUAUCUUCAGACUCAGCCCGGCUCAAUAAUGUCCUCAUCUGGAAAAUGCACCUUCGAUAUAUAGCCCUACGUAGACCUUGUAGGGCAUAUAGUCUGAGAGCUAAGUCCGCAAUACUG